AUGCGGCUGGACAGACUUCACUCGCGGCUUCGUGUCGUUGCCUGUGGGCUCCUGCUUCUCCUCCUCCAGGGCCAGGGCCAGGACUCUUCCAGCCCCAUCCGGAAGACGCACACAGGGCAGGUGCGGGGGACCCUUUUCCAUGUGAAGGACACUGGUGUGAGGGCCUACAACUUCCUGGGAAUUCCUUUUGCCAAGCCACCUCUAGGGCAGCUGCGAUUUGCACCGCCUGAACCCCCUGAGUCCUGGAGUGGUGUAAAGGAUGGGACCUCCCACCCAGCCAUGUGUCUGCAGAACGCCAAUGCAUUGAAUGGAAUGCCCGUGAAAAUGCUGAAUCUGACUCUACCUGUCAUCUCCAUGUCUGAAGACUGCCUGUACCUCAACAUCUAUACACCUGUCCAUGCCGACGAGGGCUCCAACCUGCCUGUGAUGGUGUGGAUCCACGGUGGGGCUCUGGUGAUGGGCAUGGCCUCCAUUUACGACGGCUCUGCGUUGGCAGCCUUCGAGGACGUGGUGGUGGUCAUAAUCCAGUACCGCCUGGGUGUGCCGGGCUUCUUCAGCACUGGAGACAAGCAUGCCACUGGCAACUGGGGCUACCUGGACCAAGUGGCCGCGCUCCGCUGGGUCCAGCAGAAUAUUGCCUACUUUGGAGGUAACCCUGGCCGCGUCACCAUAUUUGGCGAGUCUGCGGGUGGCACAAGUGUGUCCUCGCACGUCGUGUCCCCCAUGUCCCAAGGACUCUUCCACGGCGCCAUCAUGCAGAGUGGUGUGGCCCUGCUGCCUGGCCUCAUUGCCAGCUCUUCUGAGGUGGUCUCCACGAUGGUGACUGACCGGUCUGGCUGUGGCCAGGUUGGCUCAAAGGGCCUGGUUGACUGCCUGCGGGGCAAGAGUGAAGAGGAGAUGCUGGCCAUCAAUGAGCCUUUCAAGAUCAUCCCCGGUGUGGUGGAUGGGACCUUCCUGCCCAGGCAUCCCCAGGAACUGCUGAGCUUUGCUGACUUCCAGCCUGUACCCAGUAUCAUUGGUGUCAACAAUGAUGAGUUUGGCUGGCUCAUCCCCACAGGCAUGAACAUCUCUGACAGCCAGAAGGAAAUAGACAGAGAGACCAUGAAGACUCUUCUGCAGCAAACGUCAACAAUGUUGAGGUUGCCUCCUGAGUUUGGGGACCUGCUGAUGGAGGAGUACACGGGGGGCAGUGAAGACCCCCAAACCCUCCGAGCCCGGUUCCAUGAGAUGAUGGGGGACUCCAUCUUCGUGAUCCCUGCUCUCCAAGUAGCCAAUUUUCAUCGUCCCCACACCCCUGUGUAUUUCUACGAGUACCAGCAUCGACCCAGCUUCUUCAAAGACAUCAAGCCGCCCCACGUAAAGGCAGAUCACUGCGAUGAAAUUGCCUUUGUCUUCGGAAGCGCUGCCUUGAUCAGAGGCCGUGAGUUCCUCGGAGGGUCUCUCAAAGUUAAAAUCACUGAGGAGGAGGAGGCAAUGAGCAGGAAGAUGAUGAAGUACUGGGCCAACUUUGCUCGAAAUGGGAACCCCAACAGCAAGGAUCUGCCCUACUGGCCCAAGUUUGAACAGGAGCAGCAAUACCUGGAACUGAACUUGCAACCUGUAGCAAGGUGGGCCCUGAAGACCGACAAGCUCCAGUUCUGGACAAAGACCCUGCCGAAGAAGAUCCAGGAGCUAAAGCAUGCCAAGGACAAGCACACAGAGCUAUAGUUAACUAUGUCUGGUGGCUUGGAGUGAGGAGGGUUCUCCUUAGGGUGUCCCCAUAUAGUACUGCACUG